CUGUUUCAUACGCAGUGUCGACCCGGAACAAGAAGUACUGUUUUUGUGAUAUCACAGACGGGCUCAGGUCAGGCUCUCUCUCUUACAGCCAUCUUGGAUCCCGAAUCCUAACCUAGCAAACAUGCCCGGCGAAGCCACAGAAACUGUCCCAGUGACAGAGCAGGAGCUGCAGCAGCCUCAAGUGGAGACGGCCACACCCUCCGCUCCUGCCGCAGCUGCCGCUGCUGCUCCUGCUCACCCCCAUGUGAAGCCCAAAGAGGGCAAAUCGGGACACACUGCCCCCAAGAACGUCCCCUCCGGCAGAAGGAAGCGCUCCUCCUUGUCUGCCUCCUCCUCCUCGCCUACCUCCCCCAAGUCCUCCUCUGGUCCCCGCGCCACCCCUACCCGCUCCCCCAUGGCUGCCUCCCCUCUGGCCUCUCCUCCCGCUGGCUCUCCUGGUGCUGGUUCCCUCCGCAAGGAAGAGAUGGUUGCACCCAAAGUGGUGAAGUGUAAGCAGGGGAAGCAUAAGAAGAGUGUAGAGCCCUUCAAGGUUGCUGAGACAAUAGAAACUCAAGAAGCUGUCGCAGUACCCGCAGCGCCAGAAAUUGCCGUCACUCCUCCUCCACCACCUCCCCCCGCCCCUCUGGUGGCUGUGUGCGUGCCUGGCCCAGCACCAGUUAUUGUUGAGCCAGUACCAUGCCUCUUCGGUGAGGAUAAACCAGUAGACGUUAAACCAGUAGAAGUAAAACCUGAAGUUGCUCCAGUCGUAGAAGGUAGCCCAGAGGUUCAUGUUGCUGAAACAGUAGUGGUUGAGGCUAAACCCUCAGUUAUUGAGGUUGCACCUGAAGUUAUCGUAGCUAAACCCAAAGUUAUUGAGGAGACAAAGCCAGCAGUGCAAGAGCCAGAGCCAGUUGAUGUAAAACUCAAAGUCGCUGAUUUCCCUGAGCUGCCUUCCUCUCCCAAACUUGCCACUCCUGUGUCCUUCACAAUCACUUCCACGGCCGCUGCUCCUGCUCCCAAGUCCUUCGCUGAAUCUAUGGCCUGCAGCCCCCCAAGGUCGUUUGCAGAAGCUGUGGCGUGCAGCCCACCUAGUGUGCCCAUGGCUGAAUCCCCAGGCUCCUCGUCAGAUGGAUCCUCAUUGAGUUUGUCCCCAUUGUGUGGAUCCCCUGUUCGAUCCCCCAAGGACGCCCCAGAGCAUCCCAAGGUCGAGCCAGUGGUGCCGGUGGUGGUUGCCCCGCCAGCUGAGGCCAAGCCCAAGCCUGUUGAGUUCCCAGUAGCCCUUGAAGAUGAGGAUGAUCUGCCCCCUUUGAUUCCCCCAGAGAAGCCUGUCACCAUGCCAACUUUUGCGCCUCCCGUGGUUACGGCUGAGGCUGCAGCAGCCCCUGAAAAGCAUGCCCCUGAACCAGUCAAAGAGGCGGCCCCUGCCUCUGUGCCAAUCAAAGAGGCUUCCCCUGUGCCAAUCAAAGAGGCUUCCCCUGUGCCAGUCAAAGAGGCUUCCCCUGCCCCUGAGCCAGUCAAAGAGGCUUCCCUUGCGCCGAUCAAAGAGCCUUCCCCUGCCCCUGAGCCGGUCAAAGAGGCUUCCCCUGCCCCUGAGCCGGUCAAGGAGGCGUCCCCCGCCCCUGAGCCGGUCAAGGAGGCGUCCCCCGCCCCUGAGCCGGUCAAGGAGGCGUCCCCCGCCCCUGAGCCGGUCAAGGAGGCGUCCCCCGCCCCUGAGCCGGUCAAGGAGGCUUCCCCUGAGCCGGUCAAGGAGGCUUCCCCCGCCCCUGAGCCGGUCAAGGAGGCGUCCCCCGAGCCGGUCAAGGAGGCGUCCCCGGCCCCUGAGCCGGUCAAGGAGGCGUCCCCGGCCCCUGAGCCAGUCAAAGAGCUUUCCCCCGCCCCUGAGCCAGUCAAAGAGCUUUCCCCCGCCCCUGAGCCAGUCAAAGAGCUUUCCCCCGCCCCUGAGCCAGUCAAAGAGCUUUCACCCGCCCCUGAGCCAGUCAAAGAGCUGUCACCCGCCCCAGCGCCAGUCAAAGAGGCUUCCCCAGCCCCUGAACCAGUCAAAAAGCCUGCUCCCGCCCCAGAGCCAAUCAAAAAACCUGCCCCUGCUAAAGCCCCAUCCAAACCGGAGCCUGUGAUCAAGAACGACAAGGGGUCCGGCACAGAGUCCGACAGCGACGAGUCUGUACCCGAGCUGGAGGAACAGGACUCUGCACAGACACAGACGCAGCAGGCACAGCUUGCUGCUGCUGCCGAGAUCGAUGAGGAGCCAGUCAGCAAAGCAAAACAGAGCAGGAGCGAGAAGAAGGCCAGAAAGGCUAUGUCCAAGCUGGGUCUCCGCCAGGUGACCGGCGUUACCAGGGUAACCAUCCGCAAGUCCAAGAACAUCCUGUUUGUCAUCACCAAACCAGACGUCUACAAAAGCCCCGCGUCAGACACUUACAUCGUCUUCGGAGAGGCUAAGAUCGAGGAUCUGUCACAGCAAGCUCAGCUGGCCGCCGCCGAGAAGUUCAAGGUGCAGGGAGAAGCCGUCUCAAACGUCCAGGAAAACACACAGACGCCCACCGUACAGGAGGAGAGCGAAGAGGAGGAGGUUGACGAGACCGGAGUCGAGGUGAAGGACAUCGAACUCGUGAUGUCACAAGCCAACGUAUCGCGGGCCAAGGCAGUACGGGCCCUUAAGAACAAUAACAACGAUAUCGUCAACGCCAUUAUGGAGCUGACGAUGUAGGUCAGGAGGGGACGGCGUGGAGUCGGGAUUGAUAUGAGAUGUUGCUGAUUUAAUCUGCUCUAUUAUUUGUACACUUUAUACCCAAGCAAAUAAAGGUGUGGCUUGAUGAAAAGUGAACACCCCCCUUCCCUUUCACAUGAUUUCUUUUUGGGUGUGCAGUGCAGUAAGCAGGUCCUCUUCACAAAGCAUUAUUAUAUAAGACGCAUUUAAACUUGAUGGACUUGCGCAUGCUAGACUACCGUACCUACCGUAUACAGUAUGAACAGUUAAAGAGAAAAUCAAAGUUAUUUUUGCUCCCAGGAACCACUGUUCUCUUAAUGCAAUAAAGUGUGAGUGUUGUGCUGGAUGAUA